GCGCCGCCAGCACCCCGAGCCCUCCCCGCUCCGCUCCCCCCCCGCAGCCGUUCCCUAUUAUAGAAGAGCUUCCGGCGGCGUGGACCACUCUGACAUCAUCCUCCGCACCCCGGUGACGUCAGCGCCGGGAGCGGGGCGUGACGUCGGGAACAACCCAUCUUCAGCACCCGAGCUCAUGUCUUCCAGAUUGACCCAAACACUAAGAAGAACUGGGUUCCCACCAGCAAGCAUGCUGUUACUGUGUCCUACUUCUAUGACAGCACAAGAAAUGUCUAUAGGAUAAUCAGUUUGGAUGGCUCAAAGGCAAUAAUAAACAGCACCAUCACCCCCAACAUGACAUUUACUAAAACAUCCCAGAAGUUUGGCCAGUGGGCAGACAGCAGGGCGAAUACAGUCUAUGGCUUGGGAUUUUCAUCUGAACAUCACCUUUCAAAAUUUGCUGAAAAAUUUCAGGAGUUCAAAGAAGCUGCACGAAUAGCAAAGGAAAAAUCCCAUGAAAAGAUGGAGCUUACAAGUACACCCUCUCAAGAGUCGGCUGGAGGGGAUAUUCAGUCUCCCUUAACUCCGGAAAGCAUUAACGGGACAGAUGACGAGCGAGCGAUGCCAGAAGUGACGCAGAACUCAGAACCAAGGGCUGAACCAACACAGAACGCAUUGCCAUUUACCCAUAGUUCGACAAUCAGCAAGCAUUGGGAGGCAGAACUGGCCACGCUCAAGGGUAAUAAUGCUAAGCUCACAGCAGCCCUGCUGGAGUCCACUGCCAAUGUGAAACAAUGGAAACAGCAACUUGCUGCCUAUCAGGAGGAAGCAGAACGUCUUCAUAAGCGGGUGACUGAGCUAGAGUGUGUGAGCAGUCAAGCCAAUGCAGUCCACACACAUAAAACAGAAUUAAACCAGACAAUACAGGAAUUAGAGUCUACACUGAAGAAAAAAGAAGAGGAAAUAGAAGGAUUGAAACAAGAAAUUGAAAAUGCCAGAGAGCUCCAGGCACAGAGGGAUUCUCUGACCCAGAAGUUACAGGAAGUAGAAAUUCGAAACAAAGACCUGGAAGGACAGCUGUCUGAUCUAGAGCAACGUCUGGAGAAAAGUCAGAAUGAGCAAGAAGCUUUUCGCAAUAACUUGAAGACACUUUUAGAAAUUCUUGAUGGAAAAAUAUUUGAAUUAACAGAAUUACGAGAUAACUUGGCCAAGCUAAUAGAGUGUAGUUAAAGAAAAUGGGAUUUCAGUGCCAAUCAGCUUAAAGAUGCACUGUCUCUCUUCAUAGGACUGUGUUGGGCUCUGCAUCAAAGUUGCACAAAAUUAGAAAAUGCUCCUCUGAGAGGGAUUGUUUUAAAUUUGACUUUUAAUUCAAUGUAAAAUUUAGAACUCAGCUUGUAGCCAGUUGAAGAAAAAAAAAUAACUUGAAUUACAAAUUACCUCCUUUUACAUUAUUGGCCACAGAUAACUUGAAAGAUAUUAACAAUAAUUGAAUGCCAUCCUUUUCUAAUUAUCAGUGAUGGAUAAAUUAGCAGUGUCCCAGGACACACUCCAUUUUGUGACAGAUACAAUAUAGUUUAUUGGCUAUUUUAUUUAAGAUAUUUAAAUGCUGUGUUUUGUGCAAGAACUUAGUGAUGACAGCCCUGUAUUUUGUUGUUCUUAAUCAUUUCUCAGGAUAUGUUGCACUGUGGAGAAGCAGUGCCGGAACAAAUUAAUUUAUUCUUGCCAGGAAUGAGAGAGAGUUGCAUCUUUAAUUGAAACAAAUUUACUAUAACUGCUUGUAUAAACUUCCUUUUUGUUUUUUGGGGGUUGGUUGGCUGGUUGGUUUUUUGAUUUUUUUUUUAAUAGCUAUACAUAUAUACUGGAAGAUACUGUAUUUCUUUAUGGAGCUUACUUUGGUAUUCUACAAUAUUGUCCAAUGUAAGGUUUAGUUUUUCAUAUGAAUUCCAUGUAAUUACAGUGAGAUAGUAUCUUCCACUUAACUAAAUUUUGAAGCCAACCAGUGAUAGAAGGUGAGUCCCACAGGAAAAAAAAAAAGCCCAACCCCCCCCCCCCCCCCCCAAACCCCUGAGAAUUUUAAAUGUAAAUUUUAAGUUUUAAAUUUGACCUGCGCAGAUAACAAGGAAUGGCCAGUUGUUUGUUUUCUGGCCUUGAUACUUAUACUGAAUGUUCAAUUUGCUGUUAACCUGUUCCACAGGAGACUUUUUCAGAAUGUGACAUGAAAUAGAGGUUCUGUGAAUAAUGGCUUACGGGGAGCACUGUUCUGUUACAGAUUCAUUAAGGGCACAGAGGUCCCGCAUGGGAUCGUUUGUACACUGCACGUGUCUAGCCAAAAAGGCUGUUUCUUGAAGUUCUGUUGUCAUAGCAAAUUGAACUGAAGACAUGUUUACUCUUUUAUGGGUCUUCAUAUCACAUCUUUAUCAAAACUACACCAGGCAAUAUUCUGAACUGUUAAUUAAGUGUUUAAAAACAGGACAUUGAAUCGAAUUAUCCUCAAUGAGCAGGUUUUACAGUUGUUUUGAUGUAAUUUUAACAGACUUUUGGCAAACACACAUUUCUUAAUAUAAUAGGUUUAUUUAAAAAAACCCAACUCUUUGAAAGGUAAGCCAAUUGUCAUGUGUCUUGCAUCACAGUGCAUUCUUGCCAUAAAUUGCUUGUAAUGCUGAAGAGGGCUUUUUUAAAAUGUAUGAAUGAGUGUCAGACCUCAGAGUUGAAAGAUGCACGAACCUUUGUUUGCUCCCCAAAUUAAUUUGAAUGUUAGACAUGAAAUCUAGCUGCUUAUUAAAUUUGUAGAACACAGUUUUCUUCACUUAGAGACUGAUAUUCAAAACUAGAAAAGAUAAGUUUGUUUUCAUGUAUGUACUGUGUGUAUAUACCAUAUAAUACACACGGGUUGUCAUUUAUAUUGGAAAGACAUGCUUUAUUUCUAAAAUACCUUUUCCCUUUCCCUUAACUGGUGAUUUAUCAGGUCUCCCCUGACUAGUCAGGGAAGUGGCUUAGGUUAAAUGCUAAAACUGUCAUGUAUUAUAUGGUAUGUAAUAUACACAAUGUUUACGCUUUCUCCAUAUUUUUUAGGGUAUUUUCUCACAUUUAUUAAAGGGGUGGGGGGAGCUUGUUUCAUUGUGCUACUGGUUGAAAACUUUGUGGUGAGCUACAUGUUAAUCAUUCAGGGGAUUUUAGACAGUGGUGUGUAUAUCUUCAUCAGGUCCAUAUGAGCAGAUACAGCCAGUUUUUAAUUUUCCUGGGGAUAUUUGGGCCUGAUUCUCCUGUCACUUGUGCUGCUGUAAACCAGAUGUGUCCUUGAUGUGAUGUCAGCAACAUUAAUGUUGGCAGAACAUCCGUGGAAGUGCAAGGAGAAUUUGGCCUGCUAAUGCUCAGUGGACAUAAUAAGGAUGAAGAAAGAAUAAAAAAACAUAAUGAUGGAAUAAAUGUAAUAUUAUUUUUAAUGAUAUUAUUAUUGACAUUUUUAAAGAUAUGAUGUCAUAUGUGUGGGGAAAAUAGUGGACAGAAAUAUUCCACUUAAAUUUUGUGAAUAUGUGUGGUACAUGAGCAUUUCUAUGUAUAAGUACACACACAUAUGUAUAUACAGAACAUGGAAAAAUUUAGAUGUGCACAUUUUUAAUAUUUUCCUAUUGAAAUUAAAUUUAAAAUUGGAAAUUGAUAUUUGAGAAUUUCUUUUUCUCAUAGAAUAGAUAAGCUUCAUUUCUUUUUUUUAAAUAAUACAAUUACUGAGGGCUGCACCUUUGAAUUCCCAAAUAGUUGCCAAACAUAAAUAUGGGAUGAGGUGAACAUACGUGCACAUAUAAAUAAAAUCCUAUGUCUAAGACUAUUUUUAAUGCUUAUGUACAGUAGGCAAGUGUUUAGAAAUUGUGAUCUAAAGUUCAUACUUAGUGGCUAUACCUACAGUAGCCUCUUCACUUCUGUUUUAAAGUAAAGGUUUUCCCAUUUGAAACGUUACUGUCCCAGAGAUGAGUACUGUACAUUGUAUCUAUCUUUAAUGAAACUAUGGGAAUAUGUAUACAAGAAAACAGUGUUCAGUACUAUAGCCUGAAAACAUGACCGUGAACUUGAACUGGAGGGGAGAGAAGUCACUUUGUGUAUAAUUUGUUACACAGCAACUACAGUCUUGGAAAAAAAAAAAAAAAAGCCAACAAAAGAAUUACCAUAAGCCUCACAGAAAUACAGAAAUAGGGGGGAAAAAAGAGAGAGAAAAAAUAAAUCAAACCCACACUUUUUUAUUUUGAAAUACACUUGCUGUUCUCUGGAGAAUGUAUUACUCUUUUUUUUUUCUUAAAUCUUUUUCAAGUAUGUGCAAGCGAUAGCAGCAGCUACCUUAAUCUUUCAGGUGCUACUGGAUUUUGCAUUAGUGUGUUAUGUUGUGAAAUCCUGACUUUGACAUAAAAGAUUUUUGUAAGUAUAACCCCGUCUGGAUAGCUAGUUUUUGGAGUGUAUUGUUCAUAAUCCAUAAGCCUCAGUGAUCCAGAAAUUGCAUUUUUCUAUGUGGACAAAGUAAAACAUGUGAAUUAAACUGUCCAUUAUAGACUGGAAGUUCCUUUUCCUGGCCAAUAUAUCCAGGAAAGAGGAGAAGAAAAUGAACUGAUAAUGCAGAAAUGAGGUUAUAAGGUCUCUAAGAAAAUUCAUUUUCAGGUAAAAUAUAAAUAAAUAAAUAAAUAAAGGGCUAAACCAGUUGUUACACAAAUAAGUAUCAUUUAACGCUAUCGGUGGUAUUCCCAGGAUAAUUCCUUUAAAGAAAACCCUAGAAGUAACAAUGCAUCAGUUAAAGAUUAAUAUUUUGGGAUAUGUCUUAUCAGUUGUCAGUUGUGAAAGGUUUCAGAUUUCUGCUCAUUUUUCUACCAGUUGGGGAUUAACUGCAGGUUUGCCUUCAGUAAGAGGCUAAACCUCAUUUCAUUCUAUCAUCUUAUAUAUUCUGUACUGAAGUGGCUGCUGAACAGCACUCUGUGAACACAGCAUUAAAAAGUCGAAAUCAAAGCCAUUUUUCAGAAAUACUGCAUGGAGAGAGGAAUGGAAAACUGUUGCAGACCUUAUUUCUCUGCAGAGCUGCAGAUAUCAGUAAAAGUACUUAACUUGGUUAAUUGCAAAAAUCUUAAGGCCAAAGAUAGAUCUAAUUAGAAAUUAGAUCUGGAUGUCAGAAGACAAUUAAAAAAUACCAUCAAAAAACUCCAUCCCAAUGUGCGUAGGCCAGUCUCAGUAACUGAACAUGCCAGUGAAGUGCACACCUAUACAAUGGGGUUUCUUUUUCAGAAAAUGGACCUGACUCUGCUAAGCAAUGUUCAAAUUGUCUUGUUUACAUUUUCUUAGUGAUGCUGCAUUUGUGCACUACCUCUGAACAGUGCUAAGCAGAGACCAUAUCACAGAAUAACACACAUGAUUUGAAAUCUCUGGUUUUCCUUAGCAGCCUUAGUUCCUCGUUUUACUCCACUUACUUCAGACAAGACGGAUGAAUUUUCCCCAUUUUGCUAAACGUUUUGGAACAAUGAGAGGAGUUUUGUGUUGGAGCCCAGAAUCAGUUCAGCUCUUGUCCAUUCUUCUGGCCAUGCCCAGUCAGAAAGCAGGAGUGAGUCUAAAUGUCACAAUAUCUCUAGGUACUACAGACAGGAGUGGGUUUUCACACCAUAAGGGGUCUCAUAGCUUGCCCACCACAACCUCUCAGGGACCUGUAGCUGCCAGUUCUGCUUCUGCACUGCGGGCAGCUCACUGUAGGACCAAAGAAACACGAUACACCUACUUUCCCCUCAUUGCUGGGUCUUGCAUAGGCAGAGCUCAGAUGCAACAAUGUAUCUGGCAGUCCUUAGUAUUUUCAGAUAAAGGCAUUGGAAGGAAAGUAACUAUCAAAGGUGAUUUAAAUUCGAGGUGGGUGGGGGAAAUGCAAUCUCAAAAAGAUUCCCCUAGUGUGGAACCCUUUUGUAGCUGUAAAAUAGGAGAGAAUGAUUUGCAUAGGGAAUGGCAAACCACCUGAAAGGAUCUCAGUUUCCGUAGGUGCUCGUAUCAUGCUGACAUGCAGCACAUCUGGUUGCCCCAAAACUCCACUCUUGAUUGCUAGAGGCUUCCCAAGGUCAGCACUGGGGAUGUGUUUCCUGAACACAGCUGAAGUCCUCACAGUCUGCAAACCCCAUGCCCUUUCAGCCUUUACCUUCAGGACUCUAGAGGUUUGAUGCCAAUAUUAGCCAUUGGUGCUCCCUGUCUUCUGCUGCCAUCAGUUCCUAUCACCUGUGAUGUUUGUGUAAUGGAAUUCUGAGCUGGGUUUUUCUUUCUUUCUUUCUUCCUUUCUUCCUUCCUUCCUUCCUUCCUUUCUUUCUUUCUUUCUUUCUUUCUUUCUUUCUUUCUUUCUUUCUUUCUUUCUUUCUUUCUUUCUUUCUUUCUUUCUUUCUUUCUUUCUUUCUUUCUUUCUUUCUUUCUUUCUUUCUUUCUUUCUUUCUUUCUUUCUUUCUUUCUUUCUUUCUUUCUUUCUUUCUUUCUUUCUUUCUUUCUUCCUUCCUUCCUUCCUUCCUUCCUUCCUUCCUUCCUUCCUUCCUUCCUUCCUUCCUUCCUUUCUUCCUUUCUUCCUUUCUUCCUUUCUUUCCUUUCCUUUCUUUCCUUUCUUUCCUUUCUUUCCUUUCUUCUUGGAAGUAGUUUCCAAACUUGUUCCCUGCUUUGGGGAUUCUCAUCUGCUCUUAUCCAAGCCUCAUCUCACUGCAUGGAUCCAGCAGUGUGUCAGCUGCUUUUGCUUCCAUUAGAUUGAGAAUAGCAACAUAGACAUUUUCUUGGAAGAGAACUUGCAUUUCUGUGACUGUGGUAAUUCUUGAAGAAGAAGGAUUUUUUCCCAGUAGAUCAAGAAGGAGGGCAGAACUAAAGACCUUCACAAACAAUACCAUGCAUCCAGGUGCUAAGGGGAGAGGAAGAGCUACACUGACAAGGUAUGUGUAAAUAUAAUCUCUGUGUAUGGAUUUCCUCCUGUUGAAUUAAAUAUGGUCAUGCAGAUACUUGCAGAGAGGGAACAAGACCUUUGAAAUUCUCUGAGUCUGGCUUGUAUUUGUUAAAUGAUCAGUGGAAUUGUCUCAAAAGAAAAGAAAUGUGAAGCAAAAUGACCUUGUACUUGCCUACAGGAGAAAGAUCAUAGCCCUUACCUAUGGAUGGAAAUGUAAACAUUAAAUCUACUUUCUCCACAUCUGAAUAUAUGGUUAUUUUUAUAAUUCCAGCAGUUUUAUUUCUCAGGAAUCCACUGCAAUGGGAACCAGAAAUCUAUCAGUGUAAGGUACAGCUCUCUUUGACUUUCACUUAGUAGAGGAGCCAGGGUAGAACUAUGUAGCUGAGUGCCUCAAGUAGUAUUUCAUGUGUGCAUCCUGCACCUAGUCCCUGCUGCACAGCCUCACUGCUACACCCUGCCUGCUGCACGUGCUGUCUCUCCCAGAAGCAGCCCAGGAGGGCUUGCUGUCCUUUGCUCAGAGCUGCUGCUUCAAAACUGCAGCUCUGUCAUUACCAGUCUGGAGCCCCUUUGCUCCAGAGCAUUUUGCACACUGGGAGUUCUGCUUGCAGGGGGAGAAAAGGGGAAAUUUCACUCUGUGUAUCUUAAAAUAAUGUGUUGGUUUGAUAUAAGCUGCAUUUCCCCAUCUCUUUGAAAAGAAAUUAUGAAAGUUUUAUUUGAGGUGGUUAUUGUUACCAUUUGAACCUACCAGUCAAAACUUUCAUUAUCCUGUAUUUCUUGCAUUUUUCCAUUUGUUCUGUGUUCUUUUCUCUUGCAUAAUAUGGAACAACCAAACAUUUACAGUCAAUAUAAGUCCUAAACUUCUUAUGGAAUGAGAAACAUAAAUAUUCAGUGUCAAGCUCACCUGGCAGGGACAUCAGUAGCCAAAAAAACCCCCAAACCCACCCACACAAAAGGUACCUGUGGGUAUGAGGUGCUGACUGCUGUGCAUGAACCUCUCAACCUCAGUGAGGAAGCAUGGGGCAUCUUCUAAACAAGCAUUACCGAGGCACGCCACUAGGAAGCACCUUGAAUCAGAGCUGUCUCAAAAAUAGCAGUGCAAGGAUUUUCAGAAGACAUGAGUUUUCGUGCUCUUCACCACUGAUGAUGACUAUAUUGCACAGAUAGAAAAUACCUGUAAGGCACAUGUAACUCCUCAAGUCAAAAUGCAAAAAUGUGUUAUGAUUGGCACCCAAAGUUCCCACCAAGCUAGAGGAUUCCUGUCAUCAGCUAGGAUAGGUUAAUUUGCAAAUUAAUUGUAGCUACACUGGAAAUCUCCACGAGAGAAUGAGUACAAGGGCGAGAGCAGCUCUCUGUACCUGAGUCAGGCUGGAAAAUUCAGCUAUGGGACUUAGUGUGGACUAGCAGGUUGGGCAAGUGGUAACCAGUGCUGUCAUUUCAGAGGGAUUUAAAGCAAUUUUGGGCCAAAUUGCAGUGUUGAAGCUGUGAAGUAUGAAGGAUGUAUGUAUCUAAAAUCCAGAAGAGAUAAAGCCUCACAGGGCACAGCAUUGGUCAGCUCUGGGACUGAGCAAGCAACUGCACUGGAACUGCUGGUGUGUCAAACACAGAAUCGCCUCUGUAAACCUGGCAAUGAGGAUGGUUCACUUAGGGGAUAUGAAUGAGCAGAUUCACCAGCCCUUGAGGCUGGUUUUACACCUCGGCAACAGCUGCUAGGGGGCUGUGGAAUUUGCUGUAACAUUUCAAGUCUCUCUUUCGAGGGGCUGCACCAGAAGAGGGGGCCACCACUAGAGGCAGUUGUAAGUUGAGCUCCACGGCCCCCACAAGCACAGUGCUGGGUCUUACACAGCAUAAAUGCUGGCAUGCAGCUUCUUGGAAAAGAGUUAUCUGGUGAUAGUGGCAUGUCAAAGGAUCAGGCCUUCAUCAGCUGGAAGGUCUUGACAGAUUUAAGUGAAGAAAUUCUAAUUUACAGUAUUUCAGGGUAAGUUUUUUUGGUUUUGGUUUUGUUUUUGUUUUUUUACUGAGACUUCACAGCUUGCUACUGCAAUGACAGAUUGAUGGGUUAACACAAGACAUUGUAGUGUCUCCUUGGGGAACCGCUAGGCUCCUUCCACUGGGAAGUGAGCAGAAGCUAAAGUUUACAUUCAAGCACUAGCCAAGCUGGUAUACUACUGACAGUACCAAGCACUUCCUUAUUCAGAAGCAUCCCUGUAACCCUGAGCAUCCACCAAGGAGUGCAGCAAAUUCAUUCAUCUGGGCAGGGAUUCUGUAUUAUCUCAGGCAGCUAAUGGCUGGGAGCAGAACCCAGGUUUAUCCCAGAUGGCUGACAGUGCAGUCUCAACAAAUGCUGUCUGGGACACAACGUUUCUGUUCAAAGUUUCCUACUGCAAAUAGAGAUUAAAAGCUGAAUACUUGAAGGGUUGGGGUUUUCUGCAAAAUGGGACAUACCACUAACUGGGAAAGGUAACUGCUUUUGAGUAUUUAAAUAUAAUACAUGCUAAUUUUACACAAAUUAAGCAAAGCAUGCCCUGGUAGGCAAUGUGUGGCUCAUGUUUUCCCUGAAUACAUAGCCCAAGUAGACACUUCAUUUUUUGUUUUUGUUUUUUUAAAGAGUGACAAACCUGAUCUCCUGAGCAGAGAUUGGCUUUAACUGAUGCAGCCUUUGACUGAGGACACUUUCUGCACUCCUCUGAUCUUUUCCCUAAAUGGCUUAAUGAGAAUAGGCACCCUCCAAGUAUCACUCAGGUUUCUUUGACCAUCUGCUGGCCCCAUGCACUGAUGGAGUGGCCCAUGAGCAGCCAGACUCACUGAGCACAGCUGGACCUAGAGCUGAGUGACAGAGGAAGGUAUGGCAGUGCCGGAGGACACAUUAAACACUGUUGCAAAGUGGGGGAAAUAAACUUGCUCCUACAGUGGUGCUGGGCAGGAGGAGAAGUAAGAACCUUGUGUUUCAAAUUACUUUGCUAUUAAGCCUUUUCAGCAGCAGAAAUCUUUAGGAAACCAUUACAGGAAUGACAAAAUAUAUGUAUGCCAUCAACAAAAGUAUAAGAUGUGUGAUUUUUUAAAAAUACUAUAUUAUUUUAUAAUGCCAAUUUAAGACUUUUUUUUUUAAUAUAUCAUUAGAGACCAAGAGCAGUGUGCAGUGGUUUCUCUGUCAAAUUGUUUUCACAGGACUUUAUCCACUCCAACAGUAAUUUUACUCACAGCAAGCGCAUGUGGGUGGAAAACGGCCAUCCUUUUAUGGUGCUUCAAAAGAAGUUGAUUCAUAAAUGUCUGUUAUGGUGUUUAAAUUGUGCUUUUAACAUGCAUGGCAGUUUGAGCAUGCACUGAUGAUUUUGUAUGCUAAGAACUCAGUUACACUCUUACUGAUAUUGAAUGGGAUUAAAAUAAAGUACUGAGGAAGAAAAAGUAUAGUUAAUACAAGUGGUUUGUAUGAAUUGCAUGAUUCUUCAAUCUUCCUUAUUCCUGUGACUUUUAAACAGUAAUGUACAGAGGGAAUGCGACGCUAAAUAGAGAAGUUGUUAAGAUGAAAGAAUGAAGUAAACAGUGACUUUUGAAAGAUUGUGAAUGUGCUUAGUCUUGUGUAAGAAAUGUGGGGUGAGACGUCUCAGAGAAGUCAAGAAGUCUGCUGCAUUCCACGGUGAGGAAAGAGUGACAAGAAAGCAAAACAGCUGAUUAGCCUGUGGCACAAGUGUCUCCAACAAACAUCCCACCGACAGCACAAAACUACAGUAGGAAUAAAGGGGUAAGACAGCAGAUACAGUGUGAAUGUGAAUAUAACUUCUGUUUUGGUUUAGAUUAUCUUUUCCCCAAAGCUUUGGUUAAUUAAUGAUGAGCAAACUCCAGCAACAACACAGGCAGCUGCUUGAACAGCACAGAGAGUAAUCUGUGCCUGUUUUUAUCCAUCAGCCCUUCCUGUGGAGGCAACAGUUCAAGGGAGAUGUGCUGUCUUUGAGCUGAUGAAAAUCUGGACAGUGAGCUUGGCUGUGGUGAAGAUUUGCACAAAGUUUAGAGACAGUAAUAAAGACUGAGAACCUUAGUGCAAAGGGGGAAAGGACAGAAAGGCUUCUCCAUGGGAUCAGUUCUGCAGGAUGGAGAGUUGGACAGAGACUUGCAG